AUGUUUCAGAAAUGUCUUUUAGUUUCACUUCUUGUUCGCCUUUUCGCAUUUUUCCACUUGAAGUUUAUCAAAAACUGUCGGAAACAGAGUUGUACCGCUUUCUUGCAGAAUGUUCUCAAUAUCGAGGCGGUUACUCAACAAAAAUUGGAAAUUUCUGCCAAAUCGAGAGCGGAUAGUGUACAAAAAUAAGAAAGAGGCGUUUUUUGAUUUUAUCAAAGUAUCCGGAGCCAAUCUUAUAUGGCAACUCGGCCUCGCAGUGAUAGUUCUGUAAGAUUUAAAUCACGCUCGCAAAACGUUUUACAAUGAGCUUUAGAGAAUUUGCAUUUCCUACACCUGAUAUUGUGUACGACCUGAAAAGAAUGUUGUCUCCCGACUUUGAUCUUUUCUGCAAAACCGGUAAUCUCGUGGAUUUCGAGUUGGACUUUGAAAAUAAGCUGAGAUCGAUUCGAAGGGAAGAAGUGCGAAGUCUGGAGCAGUACACGAAUGCAAAAAGCCCAGAAGCUAAAUUUGGCGGCGUUGUUUAA